AUGUCUUCUGGACACAAUGAUCCGAAGCUGCUUUACGCCGUGGGUGGUGUCAAGGCUUAUCACAUUGCCAAUGGCGACGAGCAGUCCCUCACGCCCUCGGGCCCGCAAACACUGUCGCUCCUCAUGGUGCCGACCUCGUCUGGCUUCGCCGACCCUUCUGGUCUUGCCAGCGGCAAUGGCGAGGAAGACUUCUAUCUACACCUUCACCUCCCGCCCGAGCUCGACCUCCCCAUGCCCGCGACGACGCAGAUUUAUCACCAGCCGCCUAGCAGCUAUCUGAUCCCCCGCUGGGACCUAGGCCCCGGCAGCGGCGCCUUUACGCGCCUCGAGUUUCCUGCCCCCAACAGUCGCCCUGGUAUCCAGGAGGACGUCGAUACUUUUGAAACCAUUCUGGCCCAGUGCACCGCUUUUCUCGAGCGUGCCCCUCCUCCCCGACCUCCUCGCUCCAAGGCGGCCGAGGCCAAGGCCAAAGAGGCCGCUGGCGAGGCUCCGCCACCAUACAACCCCGCUAGCUUCGAGGCCGGCGAGGCAUACGUCCAAGGCAGCGCCAGCUCGCAUGUUGGUGGCAGAAUUGUGCUGGUCGAUGAGGAGGAUGGCAGUGUCAUUGGUGAGCUGAGCGAAGGCUUCAAGGUUGUCGAAGACAGCGGUGUUCGUCCUGGUAACAAGGACCCUGUCGAAAUCACCCUCCCCGAGGAUGGCUCCCAUAAUAUUUCCGUCGAGCCCGCCGAGUAUGACUAUAUUGAGGACUCUGUCCACCCCGCCUAUAAGAAGUCGACACUUGUAAGCGGUGCUACCCGCGCCUCGCGACUCCUCAUCACAACCUCCGACUAUGUCGGCAAGAUGCUGCAGGGCCAAGCCGACAGCUUUACACACAAGACAGAGCCCGUUUCCAACCCCGUUACCUUUACGCCCGCCACGCAGGAGCGUAUUCGCCGCAUCAAUCAGUUCUCAAGCAAGGCCGCCGGCCUCUCCUCCUCCACCGUCGGCUCCAUCAGCAAGGUCACGCAGAACCUCGCCUCCAACAUCCGUCGCAAGGACGGCAACGCCCGUGGCUACGACAAGGACGGCAAUCUCGUUGAGAGCUACAAACCAGGCAUCCUCAACAAGAGCCUCAUGGCCUUCAACACGAUUGUCGACGGCGCCGAACAGGCCGGCAAAACGCUACUCGGCAGUACAACCACGAGCGUCUCCACAGUGGUUGGCCACCGCUGGGGUCCUGAUGCGGGCGAAGCUGCGAAGAAUAUUGGAGGCGGGUUCAAGAAUGUCGGUCUUGUCUACAUCGACGUCACUGGUGUUUCGAGACGCGCCAUUCUCAAGAGCGUUGCCAAGGGCAUGCUUGUCGGCCAGGUCAAGGAUGGCGGCAAGGUCUAUGUCGGCGGUGGUGACGGUGCCACGGUAUCUGGAGGCAAUGGGUCCGGCAAACCGGCAGCAUCUGCUGCUUAUGGUGACUCCAAGGGCAAGAAGCCAUCGAAAUAA